AUGCUCCAUAGGAGGCUAAUUGAAGUUUGUGUUGCAGACUCUGCUGAACAUGGUAAUGAUGGCAGUCAUCUGAGGGCAAUUCUGGGAGCUUGUCUGAAUGUGAUUGCUGAUUUGAUCAAGGAUUGUGUCAAGGGCAUUCAUCUUCUGGAGAACAAAAGAUCCAACUUACGCAAGUUACUGCAAUUGAAGCUUUCUUUCUCUAUUGAGCAAAUGAUGUUAUUUGCCAAGGUAGUGUAUGAAAGUCAACUUCAUGGACAAACUGAAGGCAGCCGUACCAUUUUUCUUGCUGUGCUCAAGUAUUGCACCAAGUAUUACCAAACUGUGUUGAAUGAUUCAAAUCUACAGGUUCAAGCAAUUGGAUUGCAAGUGCUCAAAACCAUGGCUCAGAGAAGCACCAACAUAGAAGACAGUUCUUUCUUCACAUUUUUUAGUGGAGAGCUUAUUACAAACAUUUUCACCAUGAUCCACACCUCGUUAAAGAAACCAGUAAGUAAAGAAUCUGUGGCUAUUGGUGGUGAGUGCUUGAGAUUUCUAGUGCUUCUACAAACACUUUCAAAAUCUAAUGAAUGUCAGAGAUGUUUCAUGAAUCUGCUUCUCAAAGCCAUUGUCAUGGUAUUCUCGGCAUCAGAAGAUGAUUCCUCUCAGGAAGUGAGUGAUAUAAGAACCAAUGCUAUAAGGCUCGUUUCUUCUCUUGCUCAAAUUCCUUCAUCAGCAGGCCACUUUAAGGAUGUGUUGCUAUCAAUGCCUGCGUCGCAUAAACAGCAACUUCAGGGGGUAAUUCGUGCUUCUAUGGAACAAGAUCAAAAUGCAUCACCUAUGAAACCUAUGACAUCAUUAGAAAUAAAAUUACAAGUGCCAAAAGAUUCCCAAACAUCCACAUCAACACUGCCAACAGAAGGAAGUCGACACAAAACUUCUACUCCAUCAUCUCCUGUUCACUCUGACCAUGACAGCAUGGAACAUGACCAAGAGGACGAAGAUGACUGGGAUACUUUCCAGUCUUUCCCUGCCUCAACAGAUGCAGCUGGUACUGUUUCAAAAGCAGAAAGUACUGCAGAAGAACCAGACCUGGUUGAGAAAUCUACUUUGGAAAGUGAGUUUGAAGAGUUUCCUACAUCCAAACCCAUCAACAAUGAAAUUGAUACAAACAAUGCCGAGCAUCAAGAGGAAGUGAUUUCUGAUUACCUAGGACAUAAUAUCAGAACCAAUCUUCAACUCAUAGACGAUGUGGCAAGCCAUGAGGGUGAAGAGGGAGCUGUGUCCAGCCAAGAGAAUAAAGAAAUCGCACCUGAUCUUAAAGUUUUUAACGAUACAGAAGGGUCAAUUCAAGUGAAUGUAGUGGAAGCCUAUGAGCAGACAACACAGAGCUCACGCACUAGUAUUGAUCAUCAAUUAUCACCAGAUGAUUUUAAACCUCUUGAAGAGAAAGAACAGGUUGAAGUAAAUAUAGUGCAGGGCCAUGACCAGCUGAAGGUUGCUCCAGAUCGGCAAAAUGUUACUCUGCAUGCAGAAAGGCUUUCUGGACAUGAAACUGAGGGGGAAGCAGAGGAUGGAGCAAGUAUCGAAUAUGUUGAAGCUGAAAAUGCAACUGGUAAAACCGUGGAUGAAUCUAAGAGCAAUGACCAGCAGCAGGAUAGCAGUGAGAAUUUGGAAUUAUCAAAAUAUCAAGAUCUGGGGAAAGCAGUCUUGGAAUCCAAUGAAAAACAGGGGGAAAAACCUGAUGAAAAUACUAUGGACAAGACGGCGGCUGACAAUAAGAGCAAUGAUAGUGGUAAACUAGAAUCUGUCAGUGAGAUUGACAGAACAUGA